AUGCAGUUUUCCCUGGCCCUUUUCGCAAUCCUGCCCGCUCUGGUAGCUGCAGUGGGUAAGGGUACAGCUGCCAAAACCAAGUUACCAAUCUCCAACUCCCUGUGUGCGAGUACGACACCUGUCAAUUGUCCAGCGAGCACCGACCAAAAGUCGCGCUGUCUCAUCAUCAAUAAUCCUUGCAUUUGCUCGAAUACCACGGCGAUUAUUCCCAAUGAUUUGAAAUAG